UUCACCCCUCCCUCACCCCCCCCCCUUCGAAGAGACUGAACCUCGCCUCGAGUGUGUGUGCUCCUCCUCGAAGACUUUAGAGCCUUAACCCUUUCGGGACUGUCGGGCCUCGAGGAUUUCGUUCCGGAGUCGAGCGGCGGAGGAACCUCUCAACCCCCAGGAGUGAGUCUUGAAGGAUUGAAGGACCCUGGAGAAUAGGAACUCCCGAUAGACGACGAAGCGGCCCGUGCCCUCUCCGAUGGCGCAGCGACCCUGAGGCAAAGGUCCCUGCAGGAUCCCGAAGGAGAGUUGGGCGAGAGGCGCCGUUCUGGACGAGCCUCCUGAGCUUCCUUAGUCCGCCGAGUCUCACGCGAGGGCCGGGAUGUCCCUCAGGAAGGACGCGACCAUUUCCUCCAAGAUGUCGGAGUACGACAACGUGCCCGUCCUUCCGGGCAACUACCACGACUACAAGGACCAGCACGACCUCCCCGUCCCGCCGCCGCUGCACCUCAACAGCUUCCCGGUGGACGACCCGCCGCCCGUGCCGCCCCACCAGGGCGUCUCUGCCAACGCGACCCUCUCGCAGCCGCAGCCGCACGCACAGCAUCACCCGCAGCAGCAGUGCCCGCAGCAGUACCCUCAACCGCAGCAGCAAUACUCUCAGCAGUCUCAGCAGUACUUGCAGCCGCAGCAGGCCGCGGCCCCGCCGUCGAAUCGGCCGCUGCAGUUCCCGACCGAGCAGGCGCCGCAGCAGGACUACGACAGCCUCGACGUCCGGCUCGUCAUUCAGCACCAGAAGCAGCUGCUGCAGCAGCAGGAGGAACAGCUGCAGCAGCAGCAACCCCAGACAGGACAGAAAAGAACCGUCGUCACCGCUACAAGCAAGUCCAGAGAGAAAGAAUAUAGACUCGUUGAGAAAACAGUUAUAGAAAUGUGA